GAGCCUUCGUUCGCUCUACCGAGCUGUGAUUUAAAGCUCAGCUGGAUCUCAGGCUGCAGAGAGCGUCUCCUGUUUUGUUUCUUUUUUUACCCCUGCUUCUGGCAUGUUCACUUGAUUGGAGGGAGCGUUAUGUAACAGUGAUUGGAGAAUAUAUGUCACGGGAAGACCACGGGCAUCACAGGCAGUGAUGCAGACUCUCAUACAGACCGACAUGGAGGCGUGUACGAGCAAGCUUCUGCAGUGAUGCUCUGGUGAUGCUGAGGCUGACUGAUAACGAUGCAGUUCUGCAGGAAGGUGCUCUGCCAGCCGUGUAGCGCCAGGGUCACUUCACCAGAGGAGGACAUGGAAUACAGGAUGGGGAGCUGCAUCGCAAUCUCACACAAGCAGACUGAAGCAGAGAGUCUGAGUGGACGGGACAACCAGGCGCUGCUGACCGAAGCCUCCACCUACCAACCAGUGCUCCCAGAGGUCCCAGUCAUCACUGGAGUGGAGGAGGGCAGAGGAUCUGCAGACCAGGAGGACCAGGAGGACCAGGAGGAGCUUGAGUUUCCUCAUGAUCUGCUGCCCAGUUUGGAUUUCAGCAGCGAGUUCAACAUCUGGGAGUCUUCACUGGGAGCCCAUUCUAGUUCCGAUGGGAGAAAAUGUGAGCAGGUGAACCCCCUGCUGGUGGGCCUUCAGCAUCACAUCGAUGUCAGUGGACCACUGCAGGUUUUAGACAGAAGGCCAGAUGGCACCCAGCCAGUAAUCCCAGAUGUCCAUUCUUCACCUCAGCCGGGACCCCUGACACCGUCCCCAACAAACUUCUUGGACCAGGAACUCCAAAUGGCCUUCCAAGAAUGCGAAGAACAAAUGGCGUCGCUGGGCCUGCUCUCUUCUAAAGAGUCUGAAAUGACUCAGAAUGUAGUAGGGAAGGCAACCAAUGAGGGGACGGUUAAUGAGUCCAGCAAAUUGUUCUCGCCACUUCCAGUUGCAGUGCAGCCAGGACAUAGCAACGGGGCCCGUGGAAACGAGAGUACACAUGGAAAGAGUGAGACAGCACACAGUCAGAUGGAUACAGUUGUGUUUAGUUUUAGGGAUUACAUUCUAGGAAAGGAGAAUAACUCUAGGAAAUCAGUGAUGGAAAAUAAAGUAGAAGCAAAUCAGAGUGUGGAGAAAUGUUCAGAGCUUGAGUCAAAAAUGGAGGUGAAUGAACAAGAGGAGAAAUCAAAUACAAAUAAGGAAUCUCCAAAAAAAAAGAGAGACUUAAAGACUUUAAAUGUACAUGUUGGUCUUGGUGUCACUACUGAGAUAAACAACUCAAAUGAUUUUGAUCCAGAGAUUAAAGAAGAAAACCCAAGAGGAACAGCAGAGGCUGCAAACUUAUGGAAAGAAAACACAAAUGAUGAGUUUGAUAUCAAUGUUUGUACAGAUGAGUCAAAUGGUUUAGAUGUAACAGCAUCAGGCUCAAAAGAAGAAACAGACAAGAAACAGGCAAGACUAAAAUCUGAGAAACAAGUUGGACAGAACAAAGAAGCAAAGAAAAAGAAACACAAGAAAAAUAAGAAGAUAGAAAAGAGUGCCGAGAGUGACCAGGAAGCAAAGACAGAGCUUUGGCAGCCCGAAACUGAAAAACGGGCUCUGUCACUAUCAUAUGUUGGCACUCACACAGAUUUAGCAGAAAAUGCUACAUCUCUGUCGGAGCUAGACUGUGAGCUUCUGACUUGUGGGGAAGAGACUGAUUACAAGCAACAGCUGAGUCCUGUGGGAAUGCGAAAGUCUUCCCCUCAAAGCAGUCUGGAUCAUCUUACUGCCUCAGCCUGUUCACCUGACUCCAUGCAGCCUCUUUCACAGGGGAGCCAUCAGUCAGAGAAUAAUAACAAUAUGUAUUUGAGCAUUAAUGAUCAGAGCUCAGAGUGUGAGCAACAUGUAACUGAUGGAGAAAAUGGCAUCCACAGUACAACAGCAACACAUCUCCAAACUGCAGCUGACAGACAAGGUGAAAAGGGAUUGAAUGCACAGAGACAGGAGGCUAUAGUUACUACAGAAACAAAAGUAACUAUAGCCCCCACAGCAGAGGAUCAGAGCGUACUCUCCAAGAGCAGAACUUGUGUGGGAGACGUUUGUGUGGAGAGCAGCCUUGGAAAUGCUGUAAUAGUGGUUAAUACGUUGCCACUGACAACACCCACACUGUCAGAAGUGAUAGAAAGCGAGGGAGAGGGAGAAAGUGUGAGCCGUGAUCUACAGGAGACGGUUUUUACUGUAGCAGUUGCAGAGAGUGAGGAAGGAGCAGGAGAAGGCAAACUGGAUGAAAGAGCAGACUGUCCUGCCUCUGCGGAUGUAAAAAGAGACAAACUCCAGGAGAGCCUUGUCUCAUUAAUUUGCUCACAAGGAAAUUGCACGCUUCCAUUUGUGGCCAAAGAGGGGGAGACUGAAUGUGAAGAAAGCUGCAGCAACAAAAUGCCACACAACUUGGCUGAGGCUGAAAUUAAGGGACCGAGACAGGCGUGCAUUCAGAGCACAGACACAGAGAUCUCACCAGCUGAAGAGACGGAUGCUGAAAAGGAGCUGCUAUUCUCCGAAGGCUGUAUGAAUACCUUUGGUCCUGAUUUCCACGAUCACAGUGGUGCACAUUUAGAAAGAUCGGAAAAGGGAGGGGAAGGAAGAGAAGGGGAGGUAGGAGAAAAAGGAGGGCUCGCUGGAGAGCACAGUUUACCGAGCCAGCUGAAAGGCUCUGCUGGAGGGGUGUCAUCAGUCAAGACGGGAGCGAGUCCGCCCAGUGAUGUUGCCGAGUCACAGUUGAAGUCACUGUGCCGGUGUGAGCCGAUCGCUAUCAUUCCUGAAGGCUCUGAAGAGGACUGUUUCUAUCACAAGCAGCAUGACGUGACAGUUUUACCUCUUCCCUCUUAUUCUGAGCAGCAGCAGAACUCCAGCUAUACAGACGCUGAGAUAAAGACUGAACCAAUACAAGAGCUGGUUUCAGAGGAAGCACUGUCUUUGGAACAACCUUGUCAGAUAUCAAUCAUCACGGAAAGGAACUGCAACCACGUCUUCCAGCCUUUUACCUCACCUCAGGCUUUGAAUACAUCACAGCGAAGUGAACAACAAGCAAGAUCGGAUCAACAGGCUGGACCUUGUAGCAUUGAAGAGAAAACAGCUGAAAGUACAGCCAAUACCCACAGUGAGAGUGAUAGUCUCAACAUGACUGGAAGAGGUGUCCAUCUGUGCACCAGCGGUGGAGGUAACAGAGUUCACUUUGCUGAUGAUGUUAAUUUUAAGCUCAGCUCCUCGGAGACUCUUACCAACAUGUCAGUUCUAGGUUUGGACUGUGCUUCUUUGCCUCCGUUGACUGUUCAUGAGACGUUGCACCAUCCUGUGACAGAGGCCAGUUAUACUUUCCCCAAUCACCUCAACUUUGAAAUGCCAGAAAACUCCACAAGUACAGGUUUGAUGAAGACUGAAGAAGAAAUUCAUGGUUCAAACGAGGUUCAAGAAAAACGAACGGCCAUUUUGGGUGAAAGCAACACUAACACAAUUGCCUUAGAUCAUGAUCACCAUGAAAAAAAUGCUGUACACUUACAGGGAAUGGCUGAAGCCGAGGGAUGCUCAAAACAACUUUUCUGCGCCACUGGGGAGAUGCGUAAUGAAGAACAUGACAUUAACGGUGAGACUCGAAAUUCAGGUGAGACUAAAUGCCUGCAGGAAGAUUUAUCUUCAAAACUCAAUGCUACUGUGACCCACGAAGAAAAGGAAGUGAACCAGGGUAAUGCAUCUGAAGCUGAACCCUCAAUAUGCUAUGAAUCAAAACCUCUAGAGCCCACCUCUCAGCCUUCCUUUUUAGAUGAAACCCCUCAAACUGGACCAGUCUUUACUGAUGUCAUGGAGUCGACUGAGGUACUAAUGGGUGGUUUUACUAGUUUGACAAAGGAAGAGACUAGCUUUGUCAGCAACUCACCCAUUGCAUUACAGCCUCCUGGACCAAUGAUGAGUCACUUGGAGUUUAUUACCGACUGUGAUGUCUCUUUUCCAGAAAACAUAGGUAGCUGCAGUAUUGACCAGGACUGCACCAGUGUCUCCAGGGAGAUGGCAAUCAAUCAAGGUGGUGAAAUGAGUCAGAUGUCUUUAGUAGAGAAUCUGAAUCACAGUCGUGCCAGUUUGAGAACAGCUGAAACCUGUCAGGAGCUGAAGGAUAGAGAUUGUGUUGAUGAUGAACUCCUGAUAUCUCACACCAAGAAUUUGAAUAAUUCUUAUUCACAAGUGGAAAAUUUGACUGUUGCAGACCAGUCUUCAGCUGCGGAUGAUGUACUGUCAAAGGAAGAAUCUGGUAAUAUAAUGUCAACAUGUUUCAAUAAGCCAGAUUCUACUAUUAUUGAAACGUCUAACAGAGAUGACCUAGCAUGUGUCAACUACCCUACUAAUGAGACAUAUGUUAACACUGAAAAUGAUAGUAUGAAGAAAAAAAAGAAACUAAAAGAAGACAUAACCAUGGAUAAUCAAGAGGAAGCAACAGACAACAAAAUGCAGCAGACAGGAAAGACAGACCCCACAUUGCAGCAGCAGUAUAAUGGACCAGAUAAAGAGGCUGUUUUUAUGGGAGCAGCAGUUCUGCAGCCACAACGUAAACACAAUAUGGAGACUGAAUCACCACCAACAGAAACAGCAAACAAAGAAGAAAGGAAUAAGAGCUUUCCGUCUAAAUGUGGAAGUAAAACUUCCUCAACUUCCAUCAGAACAUCUGAAAGAUUUUUGCCUCCUGAGUUGGAGUCCAACACUGAAACUCAGACUGUUUAUGAUCAGAGUUUGAGCCAAAUUGUGACAGCAGUGCUGGAAUGUAGCUCUGACACUGAUGCUGCACCAGAUCUGAGCCCAGCUUUUGGCCAAUCGCAGGACUUGCAAGAUCUAAACAGUUCGGCUGAAGAACCAGAGCAAAGGGAGCAGCGUCUGGGAUCCACACAUUCCACAGAGGAGAUGUCAGGUGGAACCGCUGACAACAAAGAACAGAUUUGCAAUUGGACUCUAUGUGCAGGUCCAGAGAAGGGAGAGUUCUCUGAUCAGAGUUUGUUUGAAUCAGUAAACAAGGAGGAGUUGUUUAGAUUUGCAGUGAAAGAAGAGGCGCCAUCUAGCUUUUCUGUAGAUUUAAAUGGAAGUGAAAAUGAUGCAGAUGGAAAAGCAUCAGUUGACUCAAGGUUAGUAACUGUUUGUUCUCAAGUAGGUGAGAUUGAGCAGAGCUUAGAUGUGAAUAAAGACCCCCCUAGCUUAGAGCAUGAUGAGUCAAACAGAAACACAAAGCCAGAACAAACUGCUAACAUGGACCAGCAUAUAACAUGUGAAAUGUUAAAAAACAGUGCUGCAUCUGUUGAGUUUGCUUUGACUUCAGCUAGCCAACACUCAAUUUCAUCAAAUGUCAGCACAGACAGUCAAGACACUCAUAUUUCAAGUGCAAACCAAUCUAAUGAAGUUUAUCUGAAGGGGUUUAGCACACAGCAAAAUGUUUGGAAAGCAGAAACUAGGGGAGAGGACUUCAGUGCUGCCUCAGCUAAAGAAAGCCAACAGGGUGACAUUAAGGAUGCAGAGCUGCAAAGCUGCAAUAAAACCUCUGACACAGACAGCAGCCAAGUAGUACAAGCAGCCAUAAAAAGCUGUAAUGAUGAAGAAAUCCCAAAAGAAGACGAGGCAUGUUUGGUAGAGGGGAGGGAACAGAGGAGGGUGCAAGUAGCUGAUAGUGAGGAAAAUGCAGGAAAACAAGUGAUGUUAAAUUUCAAUGAUAAAGAAAGUGGAACAGAAUCAGAAUCCAGUCUCCUUAACAAUGACGUAUCACAGAGCAGCACAGAAACCCCUGCUUGUCCCUCAGAAGGGGGCGUUAGCUGCGCCAAGAAAACGGAAAUAGACUCUAGUAUGAUAGAUAAAACAAGUACUGAUGCCAUCAUCAUCCCAUCUGUUGUUACUUCGACCACUAUCCUGUCUCCUAAUGAGUCAGAGAAACGCCAUGAUAAGGUGGCAUUUUCAGAACCCCAGGAUAGUGCUGAGGAAAAGCCCCCUGCCACUGCAUCUUGGCGUGGUGCAAAAUCUCUUGAAAAGACUCCUGCCUACUGCUCUCCUGUUGACCAAAACGUUUCAGAGAGUCCUGAUCCAGAGCAAGGAUCCCAGGAACCAGAAUCAAACUGGAUUCAAGCCCUAAAAGACGCUGCAUCCCUCUCUCAGAGCGAACAAGUGAAUAUACAAGAUGCCUUGAGACCACUCCCAUCUCUGGAGUCUCCUCAGGUUGAGUUUGUAACGCCCACUGAGGAGAUUCCUUCUGCACUGAUAUCAGACGAGGUGAUCCUACCACCAGAGGAAGCAGAGGAAAACGCAACUCAAAACUCAUGUUCGAGUGCUGUGAAGAGGCCAAAUGAUCUUCCUAAACCUUUAGAGAAGGUGGAUCUUCCUGAACCAAUAAAAUAUUCGGCAGAUCUGACAUCGAAGGCUGAGCUCCCAGAAGAAUCUUCCAAAACAACAAAACCUUUGGAACAAGAAUCAUCUCAAAAGUUGUUCGACAGGAAGUUUGUUUUAGAAGCAACAGAGCACACUGAAAUCCUAAAACCUGCUCAAGAGGCAGAAGAGAUUCCAGUACCAGCCAGAGAUGAGAUAGAAGUCAGAGAAACACCAAAUCUAGAAGAUUUACAACCAAACAAGCCAAGCGCGGAGACUGCAAAGCAGCAGCAGCAGCUUUUAGAAGAGACAGAAGAAAAACCCAUCGAGGUUCCACCUGUUGAGCCAUUCAGAGUCGCUGUUGAGAAAACUGAGGUUCCAGAAACAGUUGAUCAUUUCUACACAGAACUACAGAACAGUGGGCUCUCACUCGCUGAGCAGGCAGAGAGCGGCCAACCUGUCCCCACUUCUCCCACUCCUACCACCAACGAUCACAGCACUAUUCACCUGCCUGCCAUCCCUCCUCACCUCCACAAAACCUCAGCGCUCGCCCCUCUCACAUCUUUGGAGACACUUCCACCAACCCCACCUGCAUCCCCCUGCCCUCCUCCUGCUGCCUCUGUAGACUCCUGUACACUUCCUGCUGAACCCUGUGAGGACCUUUACCCUGUGCCUGCACCCUGCCGGGUUCUGUUAAGGAGCUCAGACUCUGAUGGUGCUUUUGAAACUCCUGAAUCUACAACUCCAGUGAAAGCUGUUUCUCCUGCUGAACCCCAAAGAGAGCUGCUGGAAUCUGAUGACAAAGGUGUUAACAGCUCUGAAGGUGAUCUUAGUUUAGACAUCACUGCAACCGAUGCACCUUGUCGGUCCCCAUCCAUUGCUUUUGAUGAGAACAAACCCAUUGCUGCAAGCGGGACGUAUAACUUCGACGUUUUUGCUGUUGAGCCGACGGGUCACACUCUGACUCGCUCUCUCAGCCUCCAGGGGGGGGAGCUCGAUAGCUCCAGUUUGCUGGAAGGAUCAGCCUCUGGAGCUUUCCGUCAGCACUCCGAGUCCUUCAGCGUUGGCACCGAGAACACCCCGGGAAAGCUCCGGAGACCUAAGAAAGUUAGUCCAGGAUCGGUGAAGAAGAAGCCCUUCCUCAGACAAAACUCCAACCCUGACAGCGCAAAGCCAGCCUCCUCUAGCAGCACCCCUGAAACCACAAAGCGGGCAAAGCCUCGGACAGCUAGCCCUCUCCUGACUCAGGAGGAUUCAGAGGUUGGCUCUGCAACUCCCAGUCCCGGAGGCACUCUCAGAAAAACCAGGAAGAGCCGUGUUGAAACUCCGCCUCCUCUCCUAGAGGAAACCAAUCAAACCUGCCAAGAGGAAAGCAAAGGGGUCCCUGCCUUACCCUUGUGCCAGGAAGAAACCCCUCUUGCAGAGAGCAUAGCAGACAAAGACAACUCUCCAAUCCCACCCUGUGCCUCAUACAAAUGGGAUCCAGAAAACUUUGAGAGCAUUAACCCCUUCAGCACUGGAGGUAGCAAAAUCACCAAUUCUCCAGUUGUGGGUCGCAAGGGUCCUGUGUAUGGCCCUGCAGCUAGUCCUCCUCUGAGCCCCCCUGUACCUGCCACAGAACCACAUCAACAUACUGCCACCGCCCCUCUGGAAGAACUUUCCACCAAUCCCGAGGAGCAACCCAUUCUACCUAAGCGUCAGCCAGUAAGGCUGGAGUUUGACUACUCUGAGGAAAGCUGCGAGGUGCCACAGCAGGCCUUGCCUCCACCUAAGAAAUUGGGCAAGAAGCCUCCUGGCAAGAUGCUAUCCAGAAAACCAAAGCUGGGGCUGAAAAAAGUGGCUCCACAACAGAUGGAGCAGCUGGACAACAACCCGCCUGCAGCCUACAAUGGAUCGGAUGAAAUCCCCAUUCCUAAAGUAUCGUACAACAUUGAACCCGACAAGUGGGAUGACCCAAACUUCAAUCCAUUUUCUUCAAAGAAAAGUAUGUCUAACUCCCCCACCUUAUCCAGGCCAUCAUACAGCUUUGACCCAAACAACACAGAUGAGUCUACAAACCCUUUUAAAUCCUCCAACAAAAUGGCCGCCUCACCUCCCAGGGUGCCUGCUUCUUUCGAAACGUCAUCCAAUGACUAUGAUAACGAAAAUGACAAUGACAACAUUGGGGAACUGGAGGACCAGAACCAAAACAAACCGGCUAAGAAGAAGAAAACUCCCUUAAAAUCUAAUACUUUCAGAGUGAAGAGGUCACCAAAGAAAUCCCCGUUGUCUGACGCAUCCCAGGAUCCCACUUCUGCAGAUGAAUCUUCGUCCCUUCAUCAACAGGAUGAUCACGCCACAGAUGAGGAGAAGCUGGCCUCCUCCACUGGUCAUAAGUGGGCGGUCCGCCAGGAGGUGGACCAAGAUUUAAACACUGACCACCAAGACUUCCCGCAGCCCUGCGACGUUACGACUUUCGUGAAUGAGAACAGUCUCCCUCAGGAGAAUCCAGUCCAGGACUAUGAAAUUGAGUACAUGGAGAAGAUCGGUUCUUCCUCCCCACCACUGUCUAUCAAAAAGCCAUCUCUGUACUUGAACUUGGACUCAGUGUCUGACAACUUAACCAAAGCUACUUGUGGACAUGGAUCUGAGCCCAGCUCACCCUGCACUGGGAGUUUUGAGGAAAUGGAAGCCCAGAUAUCUGCAGGCAUGAAGACGCCGGUGUUGAGCCCGCGGCCCGGUCCCGAUGGUUCCGCUGGAGAUAAGGGCAGGAAGAGAGAGAGUGAGGUCCUCAGCCGGACACAGAGCAUAGAGAGGGACGAGCAGCCCUCUGGCAAGGGCCCCGUGGUGGCUCCUGCUCCAGCCCAGGCCAUGCCCCUGUUGUUAGACAGGCUGUCAGAGUGUGAGGACCCCCUGCAGUACCUGGAGCCUGACCUGGCCGAGACCAACCCAACCGCAUUCGCCCAAAAACUACAGGAGGAGCUGGUGCUUGCAGCCCUGAGGCUAGAGGCUCUGCAAGUAGCUCAAAGCAUCUCUCAGUGCCCCUCCCUCUCCACUGUAACCCCCCAGCACCGGGACAUGUUGUCUUCUGUGGAGAGCUCCAUACCCAAGAGCUCGCUCUACGCUAAGACCACCAGCAGCAGCUACAUCGAAGGCGAGAGUCCACAUCUGCCAAGAGAUCUUGACCAGUCGUUGGACAUCGCACGAGAGGAGAUUGUGUCAAAGGAGAAAGAAGUUCUGGAGUGGCAGAGGAAGUAUGAGGACAGUCGACAGGAAGUGGUGGAGAUGAGGAGGAUUGUUGCAGAGUAUGAGAAGACUAUUGCGCAGAUGAUAGAGGAUGAUCAAAAGGAGAAGUCUCUGUCCCACCACACCAUCCAGCAGCUAAUCAUAGAGAAGGACCAGGCCUUGGCUGACCUCAACUCUGUGGAGAAGUCCCUGGCUGACCUCUUCCGUCGUUAUGAGAAGAUGAAAGAUGUAUUGGAGGGCUUCCGCAAGAAUGAAGAAGUACUGAAAAAAUGCGCCCAGGAGUAUCUGUCCAGAGUCCGCAAGGAGGAGCAGCGGUAUCAAGCUCUGAAGAUCCACGCUGAGGAGAAACUAGACAAAGCCAAUGCAGAGAUCGCACAGGUUCGAUCCAAAGCCAAGCAAGAGCAGGCUGCCCACCAAGCCAGCCUGAGGAAAGAGCAGAUGAAGGUGGACUCUCUGGAGCGCACUUUGGAGCAAAAGAACAAGGAGAUUGAGGAGCUGACAAAGAUCUGUGACGAGCUGAUCGCCAAAAUGGGGAAGAGUUAGCAGCCAUGCCACAAGCUAAUACUUUAUGAACACAAAGUGGAUCACUGUUGCAAGAAACGAUGGACGUUUUAAGGCCAAAGAGGUCUUGGGGUUUUGCUUCCUACUGAGUCUCCACCAAAAUGACCUCCUCUUAUUACUCUGUACAUUUUUUGAUGUGUCAGUGUACCGUACUGUAUCAGGGGUCUGGUUUAAAGUUUUAGAAGAUCUAUCAUAUCAGUGAUGAGUGUUGCGUGUGUGACUGUGUGUACGGUGAUGAAAAAGUCCAAGGAUUACUUGUGGGUUGAGUUAUGUGUUUAUGAUGUUGCCAUGACAGCCACUGAGGGAGAAGACUGUUUACCCGCUCCUGUUAGUUUCUCCUCUUGAUGCAAGGUUAAGGUAGAUUUUGAAAAAAUUUAGCCGCGAAAUGUUUAGAUUUAUUUGUACAGUCUUGAAACCCUUAGACACCAACCGUCGAGAUAGUGUUGCAUGUAAAACAGAAAGAAAACCUUGUAAUGUUAUUGUUUGUACAAAUUGUAUUGUGGAAAAUCCAAGUAUAAAACAAGAGUUCUCUGCAUUUUAAUGUAGUUACUAUACCAUCCACAACCUGGAUCCCUCAUGUAAACAUUUCAAUAUUUGAUAUACUUGUCAUAGCUUGUUUUUUGAUGAAAUUGUGGGACUAUUAUUUUAUUUGGGAAUUUAUUUUGAUAUAAAGCAAACUAAUCAUCACUGUAUUCAGUUGUGAGCAGGAGUGAUUGAAUUUUUGGAGGACGACAUCCAUCAUUUUUCACUGAGGAACAAUUUCUCUUCACAGAUAUUAUACAGCAUCAGCUUAAAAAGUGCAAUAAAAGAUGGCAAUACA